AUGGUGCCAGUUUUAAAAGAGCAUCGAGUGACGUCUGAGGAAAGAGAUUUGGAAAAAGGGAAGCACUCGCAUGCCGUCCGCCCCACCGUGGGCUCCUCCUCCAGCCCACCCGCGGGGUCAUUACCCCGGGGUAACUACCCCGCUUUGACCCGCGGGGGGAAGCUGCGGUUUGGCACCCGGGAGGAAGAGGAGCCUGGGCUCCUCCUCCUCCGGCGGCUGCUGGGCCGGGCGAGGGCGGGGGCGCGCGGAGGCCCACCCCCAGCCCGGUGCGCGCUGGCGGGGACAAAGGGCCGCCGAGUCCGGGGAUCGCGCCGAGGAGCUGGCAGCCUUGGGGGGGCGCCCCCGGGGCCGGCUGCCCAAAUCCCUGCGCCUUUACGCGCCGCCGAUGGUGCCAAGCUCCUGCGCCCCUGCCGGCGACCGAAGCAAGCCAACUCUUGGGCGCGAGGAGGGGCUCGAACCCUUCCCGGCCGUCGAGGGGGAGGGCAGGACCGCAGGCUUGGCGGAGCCGUGGACGAACUGAGCCGCAGCCCGGCGGAGAAAAGGCGAGAAAAGCGCGGGGGGACCGGGCUGGCUUUGUGCAGGCAGGCGGAGAUGCGCGGCGCCGGUGUAGGAUUUGACGCAAGAUGGGUCGCCCCGGCGGGGGACCGGCGCUGAAGGCCGGCGGGGCGCUCUGGCCGGGGACAUGAAAUUAUGGUGCUACGACUUGUGACACUUUCUCUGUGAAGAUGUCCUCCAUGGACCCUUUGCCGCCAGCCACCCCUCCCUCCCAGAAACCCACCCGCAUCAUCAAGCCACGCCCCCCCAC